GGACGGGAUUCCGCGGGGUGCCGGGAGGAUGGGUGCCACAAGGUGCCAGGACACCUGGACUGUGACCCGCAGCCGUGUGGCACUGAACUUUGUCCCAGUUGUCAUCGUCGAGGGGCUGGGCACGCUCCGGGGUAUCCCCGACGUCACAAGCACGACGUGGUCACGGCAGGGUGACCCAGGCGGCGCUGGGCGCCCCAGAACUGUCCAUCCUCCGGCCGCCGGAACCCGCUGGGACCAGUUCGACCAGCUCCGCCGGGCCAGCCCCGCCAUGGCCACCAGCGAGCCCACACCGGCGCAGCCCAAGGCAGAGGAGCAGCAGAGCAUCGGGACGCGCGUGGCCAACCUGCCCCUGGUCAGCUCUGCCUACGACAUGGUUUCCUCUGCCUACACCUGCACCAAGGAGAGCCACCCCUGCGUGCGCUCCGUCUGCGACGCCGCCGAGAAGGGGCUCAGGACCCUGACGGCAGCAGCAGCGAGCGGGGCCCAGCCCCUCCUCACCCGGCUGGAGCCCCAGAUUUCCACCGCCAACGAAUUGGCCUGCAAAGGGCUGGACAAGCUGGAGGAGAAGCUGCCCAUCCUGCAGCAGCCCCCGCAGAAGAUCAUCUCAGACACCAAACUGCUGGUGACCUCCACGGUGACGGGGGCCAAGGAUGUGCUGACCAGCACUGUGGCUGGGGCUAAGGAUGCGGUGUCCAACACCAUGACUGGAGCCAGGGAUGCAGUGUCCAACACCAUGACUGGAGCCAGGGAUGCAGUGUCCAACACCGUGGCUGGAGCCAGAGAUGCAGUGUCCAACACCGUGGCUGGAGCUAAGGAUGUAGUGUCCAACACCGUGGCCGGAGCCAGAGAUGCAAUGUCCAACACUGUGGCUGGAGCUAAGGAUGCAGUGUCCAACACCGUGGCUGGAGCUAAAGAUGCAGUGUCCAACACCGUGGCCGGAGCUAAGGAUGUAGUGUCCAACACCGUGGCUGGAGCUAAGGAUGCAGUGUCCAGCACCGUGGUCGGAGCCAGGGAUGCAGUGUCCAGCACCGUGGUCGGAGCCAAGGACGCGGUGACCAGCCGAGUGACCGGUGUGGUGGACAUGACCAAAGGGGCCGUGCAGGGCGGCGUGGAGCUGACCAGGUCCGCGGUCAGCAGCGGUGUCAGCACCGUGGGCCAGAUGGUGGCCAGCGGGGUGGGCUCCGUGCUGGGCAAGUCGGAGGAGCUGGUGGACCAUUACCUGCCCAUGACGGAUGAGGAGCUGGCCAAGCUGGCCACGGCCGUGGAGGGCUUCGACCCCGAGCAGCAGAGGCAGCAGCAGAGCUACUUCGUGCGCCUGGGCUCCCUCUCCACCAAGCUGCGGCACCGAGCGCUCCAGCACUCCCUGGGCAAACUGCAGAGCGCCCGCCAGAGCAGCCAGGACCUGCUGGCCCAGCUCCAGCGCACCCUGGACCUGGUGGAGAGCCUGAAGCAGGGCGUGGACCAGAGGCUGCAGGGAGGGCAGGAGAAGCUGCAGCAGAUGUGGCAGGAGUGGAACAAGAAGCAGCCGGGCGGCGGCAAGGAGCAGCUGCCAGCGGAGGCGGUGGAGUCGGGCACGCUGACCAUGCUGCAGGGCUUGAGCCAGCAGCUGCAGAGCUCCUGCCAGCCCUUGGUGUGCAGCCUGCAGGGCCUCCCCGCCGGCGUCCAGGACACGGCGGGGCAGGUCCGGCACAACGUGGAGGAGCUGCGGGCGGCGCUGGCUUCUGCCACCUCGCUGCAGGACGUGACGGGCCCCGUGCUGGCCCGAGCCCGCAGCCACGCCACCAAAGCCCGGCAGCUGAUGGACGAGCUGGUGGAGCACGUGGCCUUCAACACCCCCCUGACGUGGCUGGUGGGACCCUUCGCCCCCUCGGGCAAGCGCCCGGCGGAGCUGGAGUAGCCAUUCUGGGCUGCUUCUCCCCAAAAACGCCUCGUUAGGAGCCUGUGCUAAAGCCCCCCAGCCCCCCCACCUUUGUGCCUGCCUCUGUGGGGACCCCCCUGCCUGCCCCAGCUCUUGUCCCCUCGCUGGGGACCUGCAGUUACGUGCCUUGGCCGCCCCAAGUGCCUCUUGGGGGUCCCCCAUGUCCUCGGUGCCUUCAAACCCCCCUGGCCUUGUAGGGUCGAAACAGCACAAGAAACAAUAAAUCUGGUUAGUUUUGCA